AUGGCGGAGCCUCCAUUCCACCCGUCGAUCUCCGAGGAGGUAGCGAUGACGGCCACACGCUUGCGUGCCCGCUACGGCGCUGUUCCUACGGAGGAGGCACGAGACGACGACGAUGAGAGCCCGACUGCCUCGCUGCUAGGCGGCACGGCAGUGGCGUCUGAUGCAUCGCGGGUGUCCGAGGAGCUCAGCUCUAGAUCGUUCGGCCUCGGCGGCGGUCUGGCCACUGGACCCACGUCGCCAGUGCCCGUCUCGGCAGAGAAGGCCAAGCGGCUCGCUCACCUCCGCCAGAAGUACCGUCAGCAGGACUCCGCGCCGGACCUGUCACACGCGGCCGGGCAGAGCCCGCCAUCCUCGCUCAGCGUCGACGUCCGCUCGGUGCGAAUCGACCUGAGGCCGCGCGGCAGCGGCCGCGCCGUCGAGCGGAGAGAGUCGUUCCUACGGCAAGGCUCCGGUGGCAAGUCGGCCGCCUCGUCGAGCGACGCGUAUGAGCUGACGCCGCGCUGGUCGGCCUACUCCCUCCCGGCGGGCGUGCACCCCUCCUCGCUCGUCCUCGUCAAAGACUUUUGGAAUGCGAAGCUCGGCCAGCUCACCAUCCACGCGGGGCAGGCCUGGGCCGACGAGGCGGAGCGAGGACCGCAGUUCACCGCUUUCCGUGCCGACGGCGAGGAGCGGCACAGCGUACAGUUCUACGCCUACCCGGCGGACGGCGGCGCGAGCCCGCCGCAGGGCACGGUGGCGGUGUAUGAGUACUUCAACACAAAGCUGCGCCGCGUGACCGCACACCCGGGAGGCCCGUGGCCCGACGAGACGCGCGGCGCGCAUGACGACGAGGAGCUCGUGCCCGACUGGCUGAGCGGGCGAAUGGAGUGCCCGGGCGAGCUGGAGGCGCUGAUCGAGGAGCGGCCCUUUGAGCGGUGGGAGGUGCUCGCCUCGGAGGGCGCGAGCGCGGUGUGCGGCUCGCUCAAGGGGCUGCUGCGGGUGGUGCGGCGCGAGGAGGACGCGCCGAUCGCCGAGCUCCCCGUGCCGCUCGCCGAGCUGCUCACGCCCGCACUGCACGUCGUGCGGCUCUACGUGCUGCGCGCGGAGCACCUGAUGCCCGCAGACGCCUCGGGCACCAGCGACCCGUACCUGCGCAUCACGCUCGGCGACACGACGAUCUCGACGCGCGAGCGCAAGAUCAGCCGCGUGACGGACGCCGAGUUUUACGAGCGCUUCGAGCUGCGCGCCACGCUGCCGGGCGAGGCGGAGCUGCGGAUCGAGGCGACACACCGCGAACCCUCGCCCCCCCCAGGCCUCUCGCAUUCACAGCCGCCUGACCGCCGCGCGAUUGGUGAUGGCCAGGUGAUGGACCACGACCUGCUCGACAGCGACGACCUGAUCGGCUACACCAAGGUCGACCUCGAGGACCGCGUCUUUAGCCGCGAGUGGCGCGAGCUGGGUGAGCGCACUCCCGAGUGCGUGUGGGGCCGUGGCGCCGUCCGUGACCGCCGCGUGGCCUUCCCAGGCGACCUCAAGCCGCUCGAGUGGCGGCCGCUCCACUCCCCCUACUCGAACAACCCGCAGGGCCGGCUGCAGCUCUGGGUGGACGUCUUCCCGCUCGACGUCGAGGCGCCGCCCCCGCCGCCGUGCGACAUCGCCCCGCCGGGCGAGCAGCGGUGGGAGCUGCGCGUCAUCGUGUGGCGCACGCGCGACGUGCUGCCGCACGACUACUUCACCGAGAUGAACGACCUCUACGCCGUCGUCGCCUACGGCACGGCGCCGGCGAUGCACACGGACACGCACUGGCGCUGCCGCGACGGCUGCGGCUCCUUCAACUGGCGCUGCAAGUUCCCGCUGCGGCUCGGCCACCGCCGGCGGGUGGACGAGCGGCUGACGGUGCAGCUGUGGGACCGCGACGUGCUCAAGUACAACGACAACAUCGGCGAGGUGGUGGUGCCGCUGCAGCGCUUCUUCGCAAAGGCCUUCCGCGCGCGCCUCGAGGGCGACCCGGGCCUGCGGCCGCCGUCGGAGACGAGCGUCCGCACCGCGCUGGCGCGGCUGCUGAGCGAGAGCGCCGCCCCGCUCGAGUGCGUCUCUGGCGAGGCGCAGAAGCUCUGGCUGCCGCUCCACGCAAAGAGCGGCGCUGCCGGCCGCCCGAAGAGCGCCGGUUGGGUCGAGGUCUCCGUCGAGCUCGUCCCCGCCGAGGUGGCGGAGGCCUUCCCGGCGGGGGCUGGCCUCGAUGCAGUCUGA